CCCCACAACCGGAGAACUCAUCAUCAUGACGUAUGAGUUCCUGUGGUUUGAAGGGUUACCUUUUCCUUCUCCUGGUUACAGCAUUGAAGGUAUAAAAGAAGCAUGUACUAAGUUUGUGAUAAAGGAUGAAGAUACAGUAUUGGUGGCGUACCCUAAAUCAGGAACCCACUGGUUGGUUGAAAUUCUCUGCCUGAUUCACUCCAAAGGGGAUACCAAGUGGACUCAGUCUGUGCCCAUCUGGAAAUGCUCACCCUGGUUAGAGACAAGACUGGGUUGCAAAUUGCUAAAUGAGAGUGAAAGACCAAGACUCCUGACCUCUCACCUUCCCUUCCAUCUAUUCCCCAAAUCUUUCUUCACUUCCAAGGCCAAGGUGCUAUAUCUCAUGAGAAAUCCCAAAGAUGUUCUUGUAUCAAGUUAUUAUUUUUGGACUACAUCAGACCUUACUAAGAAACCAGAGUCACUGGAACAAUACUUUAAAUGCUUCAUCCAAGGAAACGUGCCCUAUGGAUCAUGGUAUGAGCACAUUCGUGGCUGGAUGUCCAUGAGACACAGGGAGAACAUCCUGCUGCUGAGUUAUGAAGAGCUGCAGAAGGACCCAAGAAGCACCAUAGAGAAGAUCUGUCAAUUCCUGGGAAAGAAGUUAAAUCCAGAAGAACUGGAUUCAGUCCUCAAGAAUAGCUCCUUCCACGUCAUGAAACAAAACAAGAUGUCUAAUCUUGAAACAAUGCCUGAAUCUUUAAAGAGUCUGCACAUCUCCAUAGCAAGGAAAGGCAUCUGUGGGGACUGGAAGAAUCACUUCACAGUGGCCCAAGCUGAAUCCUUUAAUAAAGUAUACCAAGAGAAGAUGGCAGGUUUUCCCAAAGACCUGUUCUCAUGGGAAUACUGUCCAAGAGACUCUGGAUCUUCUAUGGAUGCAGAUAAAUGUUGUCCUGUCGUGGGAUGAGUACAGAACUGGGGACUUCUAGAAUAAAACCCGUUUCUACAAGAAAAGGAGGGAAGGACAGGAUGGCAUAAAGAACCAAUGAAAUAUAAACUAAUAGAGGAGUAACAGGAAAUCUAGCUGAGUAGAGAAGGAGAAUGGGAGAGGGGAGGAGGCCCAGCAAGGAGGGGGGAGCGAGACCCGAAAUGCCUUUCCCUGCAGGGAUGAGUGUUUCUGGAUCUACUCAACUACUGUGCAUAGCAAAUCUAACGCUCUGACACAAAAUUAAAAUCCUGCUUCUUCACUCUGGAGUCCUGAAUUAUACAUUUUGCUUCUCUGAUCAUUU